ACGGCCGGAGGACGUUUCUGGCGACUAGCCUCUUUCUACAUUUCGCGUUUUCGAAAUAAAUAACAACGAAGCGGCGGGUGUCGCGGGGCAGUGUGUUGUGUCGAACCGCCGUGCGCGAUCGUACACGUUGCGAGUGACAGUUGGUCUAGUCUUUUUUGAAAAGGGUGUGGGCCACGACGCCAGUGGAAACAUUUAGUGGGACAGUUCAGAAUCCGAGUGCUCGGAGCCUGAGGAGUCAAAUGAGUUUGGGGCCAUCUUAAGGCCCGAGAUCUGCGUGAUGGACACUGUGGACAGUGCCAGCAAGCGGCAAGCUAUUCGUGUCUACAAGAAAUCCAGCGUCAAUGGAAAGAUCACGGUAUACCUUGGAAAAAGAGAUUUCGUCGAUCACAUAACCCACGUUGAUCCUAUAGCCGGGAUCGUGCUGAUUGACCCGGACUACGCGAAGGAUCGCAAGGUCUUCGGCCACGUUCUCGCCGUGUUCAAGUACGGCCGAGAGGAUCUGGACGUCCUAGGAUUAACAUUUCGCAAGGACCUCUAUCUAGCCUCCGAACAGAUUUAUCCAGUGCUGCCCGGUGCUCAACAGAGGAAGCUGACACGGCUACAGGAGAAGCUGAUCAAGAAAUUAGGGAGCAAUGCUUAUCCGUUCUACUUCGAGCUUCCGCCCCAUUGUCCGGCGUCGGUGACGCUGCAACCGGCGCCAGGGGAUACGGGCAAACCAUGCGGCGUCGACUACGAAUUGAAAGCGUUCGUUGGCGAGACGCAGGACAACAAGCCGCUAAAACGAAACUCGGUGCGUCUGGCGAUCCGGAAGAUCAUGUACGCACCGUCUAAGCAAGGCGAACAGCCAACCGUCGAGGUGAACAAAGAGUUCGUGAUGUCGCCUAACAAACUUCACCUGGAGGCGUCUCUUGACAAGGAGUUGUACCAUCACGGUGAGAACAUCUCCGUGAACGUGUACAUCGCGAACAACAGCAACCGGACGGUGAAGAAGAUCAAAGUGUCUGUGAGGCAGUUCGCGGAGAUCUGUUUGUUCUCCACCGCGCAGUACAAGUGCACGGUCGCUAUGGCGGAGAGCGAGGAGGGGUGCCAAGUGGGGCCAGGUUUCACGCUGAGCAAAGUGUUCUCUCUGACACCGCUUCUCGCCAACAACAAAGAUAAAUGGGGGCUUGCCCUCGAUGGCCAGAUCAGAGAUGAGGACACCAAUCUGGCGUCCAGCACCCUUGUGGCGGACCCCUCGCAACGCGAGAACCUCGGGAUCAUCGUCCAGUACAAAGUAAAAGUGAAACUCUGCUUGGGACCGCUUGCAGGGGAAUUAGUGGCGGAGCUGCCGUUCAUCUUGAUGCAUCCGAAACCGGAAGAAGAGGAACCUGCGCCACCCACAGCGCGGCCAAGUCCCACACAGAAGGUGGAUAGUAGUGAGAUACCGCUCGGCACGAACCUGAUUCAAUUGGACACGGAGGCGGACGGUGACGACGAUAUAAUCUUCGAGGAUUUCGCGCGUCUCAGGCUGAAAGGCGAGACGGACGCCUGACUUACAUGGUUCCAACACUUCAGCAGCGUCGCGACGCCAGCGAAGGCGGACCAGUUGAUUCUGUACUCAUAAGAAAUCGAGCGAUCGCUGAAAGAGAAACGGGAACCAUGGGUCCUUAUGGAGACUUUCUUCUGUUUCGCUGUCUGUCGAUGCUCGACGAAGAGAGAUUUGUAUCCCUAAAAUCGUGUGGUCAACACAGUCCAUCAGAGAUUUCCAUUUAAUCGUUGAAACGUCACCUCCGGAAUGGUACUAAUCGCCGUACAGAGAAUAGCAUACACACACACACAUACACAAUCCUGAGGAGAUUAUCCAAGAUGUGAAGCAACAGAGAGAGAGAGAGAGAAAUAUAUGUUUACGUUUCGACGCAUCUCAUUUGUGACAAGGAAGGCAUCGAAGACUGAAUACAUCGUCGAGGGAGGUUUAUCCAAGAGAAAACCUUAGCUAAUGACGUAUAUAUUUAUUACUAGAUCAAUUGAGAAGAUAUAAUAAUCGAAAGAGAAACGCAUCUUUUUUUUUCUUUGCUGGCGAGACAAAAAGUCUUCGGUGAGACUAUAAACGCACACACACACGCACACAUGUACACACACACAGAUUUCUGUAAUUUUAAUCACAUGGCCAGUAUACCGGUAGAGUUCAUCCUGUCAGGCACAUUUUCAGGUGAACGUUUUCUGCGCCGAUCAAAGGGAACUGGUCGCCUUCGACAGCCCCAGAACACGUUCACCGCUAUUUAUUUUCGUUUCCGUACUGUUAUAAAUAUGUAAGUAAGUUAACUUAGUCUUUGGAUGAGUCAUCGUGCGUAGAGUCCUCUCGAACUUCCUCUCCGAUCCCAUUAUCAUUGCCUAUUGGCUCGAAGGCAAUGAACUUUGCGGGUUCAAUUUCGUAGGCCCAGAUGGUGUGUCAGGAAUUGGAGGAAGCAAUUCUAUUCCACGGAUACAAUUGUCAGACAUCUGGGUUUGUUGUCGAUCGAAGCUACUUCCAGAGCUAAACUACAGAUGUAACUUUGUCAAUAAUCAGACAACGUUUCCUAAAUAGUUCGUAUCGGAGAUCUCGGUCGCUCCUUUUUCCUGCUGUUUAACAAUCCUAACGACACUUUGGAACGAUACCGAUGCUCUUUACCAAAACUAAAAGCGGAAGCCAGUUGUUAAGCGAAAUCUAUCUCCCUGCAUUUCUCACGAGUAGGGGAUUCGUCCUGCUUUUUAUCAUUCCUGGCGAAGAAA